AUGCCGCCAUUUCCAGGUGAAGACCGUUUACUGACGCUCUUUGCCGACGUCCAUUACUACUUCACGAACCCAACACCAAACCCCACUUAUCACCGAUUCGAUAAAGGCUCGUACCUUUAUGUGUAUCAUGAUGCUGCACGGGGUAGCGCUAGGCUAGAGAUUGCAAAUAAUCCAGGCUCAAAUGAUCAGGAUGCUUUUCAAGGAGCCCUCGAUCAUGUUCACAUGGUACAUUCGACUAGAUUUCCGACAUUAGUUACCGUGACCGUCGGUUCGCAAGUCGAGAAUUCGCCUGUUUCGGCACAUAGUCCCGUCGGAAAUCAAGACGCAUGGCUGCUUCCGUUUAUAGAUCCGAGAGAUCAGAGUAAACACAAUUAUCGGCUGCAUACCUUGGAUAUAUAUUUCUGGACCGUGGAAGACGCGUACCAGUUUCUAGAUGCGGCUGCGCGGGUUCUCCCACCCCAGCAAUUGGAAAGUGAUCGCCAGGUACAACAGUCUCAAACCGUCCCAGAGCCUGCAGUAAGCCGGGUAGUGGAACAAUUGGAGAAUGUAGCAAUCUCAGAUCCGGCAUAUCAGAAUGGCCAGACUAGGGAUUCUCGCUCAGAACCACAGCCGACUAGCAAGGAAGUCAAAGCAGAAACGACAAACUUUACCCCGCUGGCGUAUAAUCCAGCUGCUCCUGCAGCACCGGAACCGAUCAAACAUCGAGAAAAAACUCCCCCGCCUGAAGAUGCCGCAGAUGGAACUGGUCUCGUCGCAGCGGCCGUAGCGGACGAGACGCAACAUUAUCUUCCGACUCAGCCUGCUGUUGGUAGCAGUUUCUCUCAUCCACCGGCCUAUGCAAAUUCUAACCUGGCACAAUAUGGUUAUAGUUCUCCACCUCCAAGCGCAGGAUUGCCCGGACCACCAAGCUACACCGCCGUCCCCAUGGCCAGUCCACCACCCACGCAAGCAGGUGGCAUGACCUUUGCAGCACCCCCUCAAAACCCAAAUGCGCAUCUGUUCUCACAGGAUUCCUUCAACCCGCAACAACAUACCUCUGUCGCUCAUCACAACCCACACCACCCCCAAUAUGCAGACUACCUCCAAUCCCAAGCCCAGACCCAAGGUCACACAACCUCACCCCCGGAAGACGAACGCGUCGCCAUAGCAGGCGGCUACUCAAACUAUUCCUACUCCCAACCCACCCAGCAGCAAUACGGCACAAUGAGCAGUGAAUACGACAUCCACAAUCACAUCUACAUCCCGACCGAAGCUGAGCUCAAGGGAUCGAAACAUGCAUCUCAUAGCUCAAAGUCGUCGUCCAGGGGGACGAAGAUUGAGGCUGGACUGGGCAGGAUGGAUAGUAAAGUUAACGGAUUUUUGAAGAGGAUUGAGAAGAAGAUCGGUUAA